UUUCUCCACAUUCUGUGCCCUAGAAAUCCCCAUUUCGCUUUCCAACUAGCCGCAACAUGCUUUUCUCACCACCCAAACACCCAAUUUCCCCUCACUUUCCCGUAAUUUCUCGCUCCCUAAAGCGCUCCUUCGUCGUCUCUUCCUUAUGAACCCUCGCCGCCGUUGUAAAAGCCAAAACGGUAUCGGAUCGGAGAGAAGCGAAGCGAUGCUCGGGGUCUUGUAAAAUUGGGGAGGGUUCGUGUGGUGUGGUGUGGAGGUGAUGGACGCUUUGGAAUUGCCUUAUCAUCCGAUUGAAGUGGCGGCGACGAAGCUCUUGGGAUCGGCGGAAGGCUUCGUUCGCCAAAAAGAUGCCGUUUCGGUUCUUGCUAGCCCCACAAUCGAUCCCUGCAGCUCUCCUCUUAGUCACAAAGAUGUUAAAACUUCGGGCAAGGCUUCUGACUCUGCCUCCUGUGAUACUGAACUGUAUAGGCAUGCUAGUCAGCUGCCCAGCUUGCGGGGUGAAGAUGUAUCUGAGCACCUUUAUACUAACGACAAAAGUCUUUUACGGUAUCCUCAGCCUGAAGGCAUACAGUUACCACGGAAAGCAGCAAAGUUGUCAAGAAGUGGUAGUGUGUCUUCGAAGAGGCCACGGCUGGCUCAAAUGGAAGAUUCUAUGGGCUUAGCUGGAGUAGAUGACCAGAAGGAUGUGACUGAUAAGCUUGGGUCAUGUCCUGCAACGUGCACCUCUCCAGAGAAUACUCAAUCGGUGAAACAAAAGAGUAACCUCAACAAGCGAGGUGAUAAGAGGGGUUUUAAAGUUCCUGCGAAGAUCAAAUAUGAUUCUUUUGCGAUGAAGGCGGGUUUGUCAAACUUCAGUUCAGCUGCUGGGGGGAGCAACUUUUUUGGAAUAUAUGGUCUGAAGUUAGAUACUCAGGACACCACGAAGCUUAUGGAUGAUCCACCCUUGAAUGAUCUACUAGAUGGCACCUACAAGUGCUCUAGUUUAGUAAAAGACAAAGGGAAGAAAGCAGCAAAUUUAAAUGACGAUUUCUUGAAUUCAGUUAGAAAAUCUUUUUCUGCACUGCAUCUCUCGAGGCCUGUCCAGUCCCAAAAUAUUGCAGAUAUGGAUAACUGCUCCAAUAAGAAAAUGUCCACAUGUCUGUCAGGCUCUGUUUCUGGUGAUAAAGGAGAGUCCUGCAUGGCAGAUCUUUGCUCAUGUAAAAAGAUCCAGGAUUCUUGUAGCAAGCCUGAGACUCCUGCUAAUCCCCUUGAUUCGCCAUUAUUUCCACCUAAAGAUGUUUUGAAACGCGUGGGGCUUCCUCAACCCAAGGAUUUGGAGUCUUUGCUCCUUGAUGCGGCCAAGUCUUCUGUAUCUUCAAGGAAUACGUCUGAUAUACGCUUAGGCAAGCAAAUGUCUCGCAGAGUCAGCUUGCCUCCUUUUCCAUGGUCACAUACUUCUAGUGGGCAUUGUAGAACUAAUUCUGAUGCAGUUAAAUUGCCUACAACUAGGAGCACAUGCCCAGGUAGAUGGGUAAGAAUAGGGAAUGUUUCCAGCUCUUUGAGGAUUGCCACUGAUUUUUUUACAAACUUGGAGUCAUUAAGUUAUGAUCAGAGCCUAAUUCCUUCGGGGCUGAGUUCAGAAAAUAAAAUUUCCCCAUCAAUAUCAGUUGGUCUUCGUCGGUGUGAGCACGAUUUGUCAUCUUCUGCAAUGUGUUCAAAAGCUUCUCACAUUUUUUUAGAUUCUGGAGGCAAGGUGAACUAUCAAGGAAAUGCUGGGCAAUGUCCAAGGAUAUUAGCUGCUGCACAAACUCUGUGUGACAUGGCAUUAGCAACUCUCAAGCGAAAUCCAGAUGGGACGGCAAAGUGGCCAAAGAAGCCUUCACAAAAGGUGAUGAAAGCUCGCAAAUUGAAAUCAAAUGAGAAACUUGAAGAAACAUUUGCAGCAUCAAUUCCUGUAUUGGGCUCUAACAAUCUUUUAAGAAGUGUGGACCAGCUAAUGCCCUCAAAGAAGCCUAAGCUGUCCACAAUUGAGAACAUAAAGGAUUUUGAUAAUUUCAGUUAUCUUAGGAAGGGACCAAUAAAUUGGUCAACUCCGAGAUCAAGCAGAUCAUCGCCCAGCAAGUCAAUGAAGGACUCAGUUGCAGAAACGAGACAUUCAACCGCAAGCAUUUUAAAGCAAUCAUGUAUGAUGCCCCCACCUGCAAGAGUUUUUGACAAGGCUUGCACCAGUCAACAGAAAGCAAGAAAAUUAUUUCCCAUGGAUUGGAACAGAGGAAGGGACGGGCUUGACUGAUCGAAAUGGCUUUGCACAGAAGUUUGUUCCUUCUGAGGAUUGUUAUUUAUUAAUGACACAGUUUGGUCUUUGGCCAAUCUGAUUGGUUUGUAUAUAUUAUGUUGUAGGUGGAAAGGAAUUGUUGUAGGGGCUCAUGCUCUAGCUGGAUUGUUGUAAGGGUUCACCUGUAUGGGUAACCGGGGUUCCAGUGUUGUAACAGUAAAGCAGUUGUAGACAGCAGGUAAUUCUUUGCCUUCUGUAGAGCAUUUCAUGAGGCAAUAGAAAAUUUACAUCUUUCAAAAUA